GUCUGCGGCCACCUUCACAUUAACCUCAAUGAAAACAUAUCACCUCUAGCUAGAAGGCUAGUUACAUCUCUCCCCCGCAAAAUCAACUGACAGCACCAUACCCGCAGCAGGUUACUUCGACAAGUGCAUGAACUGGGAUGUCUGCAGCCGACUGGUACGCUCACAAAUCGCUCGGAGACGGACUCUUCUGGAUCCAGGAGCGAUUCUACCAGUCAGAUAACCGGGCCAACAUCUGGCUGCUCCGCGGCUCACACCAGGACGUAGUGAUAGACACUGGUCUGGGCUUGAGAAGCUUACCUGACUACAUCGACGCCAAGGGGCUGCUCGGCAAAGAUCCGCAGAGGAAGAACCCGCUGCUGGCCAUCGCCACCCAUGCCCACUUUGACCACUCGGGCGGUCUGCAUCAGUUCCAACAGGUGGGCGUCCACAGCGCCGAGGUCGAUGCCUUGGCCAACGGAGACAACUUCGAGACGGUCACCUGGCUCAGCGACAGGGAGAUAGCCGAGGCUCCCAGUCCAGGAUGGAGGGCAAGGCACUACAAAGUCAAGGCUGUGCAGCCCACACACAUACUGCAGGAGGGUGAUGUCAUCAACCUGGGUGACAGACAGCUGACGGUGCUCCACAUGCCUGGUCACUCUCGGGGCAGCAUCUGUCUCCAUGACCGUGACAAUAAGUUGCUUUUCAGUGGAGAUGUAGUGUAUGAUGGCGCUAUGAUUGACUGGCUGCCCUACAGCCACGUCAGUGACUACAUCAGCAGUUGUGAGCGGCUGGUGGGGCUGGUGGACAGCGAACAGGUUGACCAAGUCCUCCCAGGACACUACAACACCUUUGGUGCGAAGCGGCUCCACCGGAUUGCAUCCACAUACAUCAGCAGAGCUGGAACGUGCCCUGCAAAGUUCUCCACAUUUGCCUGGAGUACUCUGGCUGGGGUGGCACUGCGGGCAAGUAACCCACGGAGUGCCUGCUAAUGAGAGGGGAUCAUGGAGCUGGAGGAAGCACAAGUGCACAAAGAAAAAUGUUUAAAUAUGGAGGACAUGAAAGAGGGUGAGGAGGGGAGACACCCCUCAUUUAUCUAUAACUUGAUGUAACAUUAUUCAUUUACUUAUGUAAUCCAACAGAAAUCAUGUAAUUGCCAAACAUUGUGUAAAAUGCCCCUAUUGGGUUACAUAAGUCAAUAAUCAGCAUCAUAAGCAUAUAAUAUAAAGUAUUUAUUAUUGUGAUUCUGUUCUAUACUAAUGAAUAUGUAUUUCUUGGGUUAAAUAUGAUUAUAUGUAUGUUUUUUUAUACUUUAAGCAGUUGUGAAAUUGCAAUAGCACAACAAUGGUACCACUCUGCACUGCAAACAGAAAGCAUGGAGCUUUGGGUUCUCUUCUGAGGUAUUUGAAGCAGUCAAUAUGGCCAUAGUAUUUCUCUAUGCAUUUUACAAUGCUCAGUGAAGACUCAGCGUCGACUACCUCCUAUGUUUGUAACAGUGCUUUGUACUAUUGACAAAUCUAAGGCUUUGCUAUCGAAACAUUGACAAUAAAGCCUCUGAUCUACC